AUUAUGUAGAACUACUAGUGGUAUUAGUGAUUCUACACACUGACGGACCUUUAAAGGGGCUUCAGUGGGCUUGGCCCCAGAUAAGUUUUGGAAAAAAAAAAUUUAAGGCCCAAUUUAAAAAAAAAAAAAAGGAAAAAUCUGAACUUCUGAAAGCUGGAACGAAAGAAAGAAACCUUGAAAAGAAUAAAACCUCAGGAAUCGAUUUCUAGUGCAGUGGUGCUCGUCCAGUUAGAUCGACCUCAGUACGGCAGAACCUCACCGACUCACCGUCCUCACCAGUCACCACAGUCGCCAGCCGGCAGCCGCCCAGCCUCACCGAGUCACCGUCGCUGCCUGCCUGCGUCAGUGUCUUGUUCUUUGCUUACGCUUUCCGUUCGACCUUCGACCCUCAAUCCAAUUUUAAUGUUAUAAUUGAUGAUAGGAAGGAAAGCUGCCGGGUUGAUUGCAUUUUUCCUUAUUAUGAUCAAGCAACCUCCAACCUUUAACAGCCAAGCGCCUUCCCCCCGCCGUCUACGCCGCCCAUCGCCUUACAGAACAUUAAUGCUCCGAAGAUUGCCGGUAACAAUAGCAUCAAAGGCUAUCAAUUACCCAAUUUUUCUUCGUCUUCUUCCUCCGCGACAAUUCUCUCUCCUUACAAUGGAUGGAGGUAGGGAAAGCAGUAGCUUUUCCUUCUCGUCUUUUGCUCGCGAUUUACCGAGUUUAGCUGGAGGAAGAGAGCAUGGAGAUACGAGAGGCAAUCGUGGUGGAUCAAGAGGUCGUGGUCGUGGUCGUGGUGCUCCUACUGGUACUUCAGAUAGAAUUGAUACUCUUGGUAGACUGUUGGUACGUAUAUUGAGACAUAAUGCGACGGAGCUGAAUUUGGACAUGCGUAGUGAUGGAUAUGUCAAGCUUCAAGAUUUAUUAAAGCUGAACAUGAAAACAAGGUCAAAUAUCCCAUUAAGCUCACAUUCUAUUGAUGAAAUUAGAGAAGCUGUAAGGAUAGACAAUAAGCAGAGGCUUGGCCUUUUGGAAGAGGAUGGAGAACUGUGGAUACGCGCAAACCAAGGUCAUACUGUAAAGUCUGUAGAGAGUGAGAGUUUAUUGAAGCCGAUCCUUUCUGCUGAAGAGAUCCCUGUUUGUGUUCAUGGUACAUAUAAGAGGUUUCUUCAAUCUAUUCUUGCAUCUGGUCUGAAGCGAAUGAGCAGGUUGCACGUUCACUUUGCAUGUGGCUUACCAACAGAUGGAGAAGUAAAAAGUGGUUUUAGGCGUGAUGUUAACUUGAUAAUCUUCAUAGACACCACGAAAGCAAUGGAAGAUGGAAUGAAGUUUUACAAGUCUGAAAAUGGGGUAAUACUGACAGAAGGCUUUGAUGGCGUUGUCCCUGCUAAAUAUUUCCAGAAAAUCGAGUCAUGGCCUAAAAGAAACCCGGUGUCUUUCCAAGUUUAAAUUAUUUAGACAAAUGUAUUACUUCCUAUGUACCCUUAUUAUAGUUGGAUCCGUAGACAAGCACUCUCUUCAUCAACAUGUCCACGUUGGACUUUGUGACUCACAAAACAAUCUGAUUUAAAUAGGGACAGAGGUAGUAUUAAUGGGGUUAUGUGAAAUUGACAUGAUCCGGUGUAUUAUGUAAAUGUAAAUUCUGCUAUUAAGCUGAUUUUUGUUUUAUAAGCAAUAUCAAAUACUGAUUUCUAAA